CACUGAACUGGAAUCAAAACAAAGUUUAUCUCUAUAAUAUCUUUAGACAAAGUCUCACUAAUCUGUGCUUUAAUCUUUGAACAAAAUUUCGAAAUAUCGUAAUGAAAAUAAUUUCUCUACCCUCUUUCAAUAUAAAAAAUAUAACCAAUUAAUGUUAUUUGUUGGCUAUAAAUUUUGUUUAGAUAGAAAUAUCCGAUUGUAAGAAUAUAAAAUAUGGAUACACAAUUUGGACCAAAUUCUAUUGAGGAACGAAAUCUUCUCUACAAAUUACAUCGAAAAAUACAAGUAUUUCACACUAAUGAUACACUUUCCAACCGUGGCUAUAAUUUUGUAACUAGUAGCAGCAAAUAUGGUGUAGUUUUUAUUGCUUCUCCUGAUUCAGCUUUAUCAGUUUAUCAGCUUAGUCAACUGAUUGACAAAGAUAACAUACCUCAACAUAUUUCGGUGAAACUAGGAGAAAAACCAUCUCACAUUGCUGUAAGCUGUGAUCAGGAGUUGUUGGCAGUAACUGGUGGCCAACAACUAUAUAUUUACAAAGUAAUUGACUUUGAAAAUCAGAAUGUUUCACCAUCGGCAUCAAUUAGAUGUGAUGUAGACCCAAACACAUUUGUGUCUGCACUGCAAUGGAAUCCAUGUAUCCCAGAUGCCAUUGCUUUAGCAUUUUAUGAUGGUACACUGCUUGCUAUACAAGUUUCUACUGGACAAAUUAACAAAGUGCAAUCAAAUGCAAGAUGCAUUUGUUGGAGUCCGAAAGGCAAACAACUGGUUACUGGCAACAGUGAUGGUACUCUCUGUCAGUACAAACCUAAUCUUGCACCAGCUAAAUCGGUCCCAGCGCCAAAUUUAUUUGAUGGCGCGCCAGUGGAAGCUCUUGCUAUUUAUUGGAUAUCCACAUUUCAAUUUGCCGUCGUUUAUAAAAAUGCUACGCAAAACAGUCGCCCAGCUGUGACUAUAGUCAAUACACCAAAAGCUGGACAACCAUCAUGUCUCAAUUACGAAGAUAUUUGCUACAGUAUGGGAUCAAAUAGACCUUGGUAUUAUUUUUUACAAGGAUUACCACAAUGGAAUAUGAUUUUGUCAUCAUCAUCAAAUAGUAUGGAAAUAUCGACGUUGGGAUCAGCAGAUGGUGUUAACUGGCAGCAAUGGUGUCAGUCAGAUGAAGCUAGACCAGAACUACCUCUGACAGAUAAGAAGAUAGAAAACUAUCCAGUUGGAAUAUGCAUUGAUACUUGUGCUAUACAUCAGCUACCAUGGGGAGAAAACGAAGUAUUACCCCACAUGCCUCUAUUACACGUGGUGUCACAAACUGGUUUACUAACAAUAUUCAACAUCAUCAACUUGAACAAACAAGCUGUUCAAUUGUGUACACCGCCACAAGGCCUCACGUUACCCGCUGCUGCCAUGAUAGAGGCCAUACCUGGUGAAGCGCCACAGGUUCAAUCUGCGCCGGUACCAACUCCAACUCCAGUGAUACAACAAAUUCCACAACCAAUUGCGGUACCUCAACCUACAGUCGCUUCAGUGCCGGCAUCAUCAAUCUCUACGAGCCUGUUUGCGUCCUUGCCUACUAGUACUCCUGCCAAACCUACAACUAUGCAACCACUGCAAGUACCCCAAGCAAUUCCUGCAGGACCUACUUUACAACUUAGUGAACAAAAACCAGUUGAAAUUAAGUCGGGACCAAUAAAUCCACCCCAAAACCAAUUUCCGUUACAACCCAAACCUACGCCUUUGGAAAUUAAACCGCAACCGUCAAUAAAGGCCCAGGAAGCCAAUGCAGCAUUGAAGGCCGAACAAGAGCAGGCAAACAAAAUUAAAGCUAACCAAGAAUUAAAGAAUAUGCUGGUCAGAGAAGUCAACGAAUUCCAAAUGGAGCUAUAUAAAUUUAUGUUGAAGACGAGGGAAACUCAAGCAAAAUUGCAACGGGAUCUACAGUCCAUCAACUCGAACUUCAACCUUCAAUCAAUGGACACUGAAGAGUUAAAAAAGGAAUGCUCUAUUGAAGAGCUUCGAUCUGCCAUUGUGCAACUUAAAUUGGAAUUGGUGAAAGCAUGUGCGGUAGUUGCAGAGGCCCGAACACAUGCAGAUUCAAAAGAUUUACACGAGUGGACACAAGCCGAUCCUUUAACUACGAAGCGUGUCGCAUCCGUAAAAAAGUUAGCAUAUUACGUGCAAAAUCAAGUGGAACAAGCACAUAAAGCACUGGAUUAUAAAUGGAAUGAAGUAUUGUCAAAGGAUCAGAAAAUGAAGAAGCCAGGACAAUACAUGAUACGUCCAAUAUUAGACGACGUGUACCAACCACUGGUAAAGCAACAAGAGAUACUGUGUCGUCAACAAGCUAUGCUUAAGACACUGAGAAACACACUCAAGGAGUGCGAAGUAACGCCAGUUUUCAAAUCCACCUCUUUAUUGAGAAGUACGCCGUUUAGAAAUAAAGAUCCAUUAUCGAAACUGACUAAGAACAUCUUAAAUAUGAGUAUUGAACCACAAACAACUAAAUCCAAAGAAUCAAUACUUAGCGCGCAGAAACUCGACGCACUUAGAGACAUGUUAUCAAAUCAUAAAACGGUGAAAAUUAAACCAGUGAAUGUGGAUUUGAGGCAACAGUUGGCAGCAAUGAAAAUCAGUUAUGAAAAGAGUUUAAAAGAAAAGUUAAAUCAACCCCAAGUGGUUGUUAAAUCUGAACCUGAUGUUCAACCAUCAAGUUUUGCACCUGUACCUGUCACAGCACCAGUAACGAAUAUGGUAAAAAUAGAGAGAACAUCAGAGCCAGAUAUACUUAAGCAGCAACCUAUAUCUAUACCAUCGUUUACGCCGGUUAACAGCUUCAAACCAAAAAUACCUCCACCUGCAAUUUCUAAUGUCGCUAGAACAUUAUUUACUAAUGAGCCGAAAUCAGAGCCCGCAAAGCCUCAACCUCAACUUCCGCAAGUACAAAUACAAUCACAACCGAUUCUAAAGCCAAAAGAACAAUUGUUUACAUUUUCUACACCAACAGGGGGAGGCGCGUCAGCAAACACACGAAGCGUACUGAAAGAUUUGUUACAAAGCAAAUCUCAAGCAAAUGUUGAUGUCAAGAAUGACGCCAAUACUUUUAUGGGACAGAGAAUAUGUUCACCCACUGUGUUUGCUCCACCUAUUGGACAACCGCAUAUUAACAAUCCUCCGUCGCAAAUGACAUCUGGACCAUCUGCUGUGUUCACAGCCAAACCAAUAUCAGAUAUAACUAACAUGUUCACUAAAUUCCAACCACAAACAUUUGUACCAGAAUCAAAACCUCAAACAGUAAAACCAAAGUCUUCUGAAACAGGGGAACUAGAAGGGAUAACAAAAUUAGAAAUUAAAAAGGAAGAAAAGCCAUUGACAAAUCUGUUUGGAAUGAAAACGUCUACCCCAUUGAGUGCAAGUUCAUUUAAUGUACCAGACGCUCAGAAAACACAAGACAAAGCUCCAGUUAAACAAAUUGACAAAAUUGUUGAAAAAAUUAAAGAAAACACACCAGAAAAAACAGCCGAAAUUGUAGAAAAAAGUGACAGUGGACCUAAAUUAUUUGAAACACAAAGCUCUAAUAAAACUUCCAUUUUUGGUGAUAACGCACAACCGAAUCUGAUAAGCAGCAGCUCUUUUUCAUCUUCAAGCGAAACCUCGAAACCAAUAGAAGUUAAAAGUGAAAAUAAAACGAGCAUUCCUAAGUCAAUAGAGAAUAUUGAAUCAAGCACAACUUCUACUACAGGCGCGUCAUUCUUAUUUGCUUCUGCUAACGCCACAUCACCAACUAUAUCAAAACCGCAACCAAUAUUCCCAACAUCUGUUCCAGUUGUGACUUGUGCUACUGAUACAAGUACUAAAUCAUCAUCUACUGACACAGCCACAGCAUCUUCCGCAUCUUCUAUAUUUAGUACUGCGGUUGCUUCACAAUCACAAUUUACGGUAUCUAAAACACCUACAACACAAACUGGAUCUAUUUUUAGUACAUCCCCCACAUCAACUGGAGCAUUUGCAGCUACAGGGUCAAUAUUUGGUACUGUGACUUCUACUAUUGCAAACUCUAGUUUUGAUACCACUACACAAUCAGUUGUUACUAAUACUACUGCCAAGCCAUCAGCGUUUAGUUCUCCCACAUCGGUUUCUCCAUCUUCUGUAUUUGGACCUGCAGCAACGCAAUCUGUUUUUGGAUCGCCCACAUCAGUAUUUGCAACAACGACUACUACCCAAUCCUCAAUAUUUGCGACAUCUACAACCUCUGUCUUUGGGUCUCAACCAUCUACUCAAGCAUCUGCUUUUGCAACAUCUACUGCUUCAAAUGUUUUUGGUACAACUACCACUACGUCAACUUCUAUCUUUACUAGUACCCCUGCAAGUACUUCUCAAAACGUAUUUGGCGCGUCCCCAGCUACUACUCAAGCAUCUGUAUUUGGGAAUCCAGUUACUAGUCAAUCGUCCUUUGGUUCUACUUCUCCAUCGUCUGUAUUUGGCGCAACCUCUACACAAACAUCUGUUUUUGGAACACCAACUUCAACAACCCAAUCGUCUAUUUUUGGAAGCGCAACUCAAACUAGUCAAACGUCAUUGUUUGGAACUGCUACCCAAACAACUCAAGCGUCUAUAUUUGGAUCUCCCACACAGACAACGCAAGCGUCUGUCUUUGGAACUCCUACACAGACAACGCAAGCGUCUGUAUUUGGAUCCCCUACACAGACAACGCAAGCGUCCGUAUUUGGAUCUCCUACACCGACAACGCAAGCGUCUGUAUUUGGAUCACCCACACAGACAACACAAGCGUCUGUAUUUGGAACUCCUACACAAACAACACAGGCAUCAAUAUUUGGUACUCCUACGCAGACAACACAAACAUCUGUCUUUGGAACUCCUACACAAACUACACAAACCUCUGUGUUUGGUACCCCUACUCAAACAACACAAGCAUCUAUCUUCGGAGGAACUCCAACUACUUCAUCAUCAAGCGGAUCAUUAUUUGGAAGUGCUGAAACAAAUUUAUUUGCAUCAGCAAGUAUAUCAACUACUAGUGCCCCAUCGCAGUCGAGCGGAGGAAAUAUUUUUGGCGGAGGAACUGGUUCAGUCUUCGGUAGCGGCAACACCAACAUAUUUGGAGCCAAAUCAGCAUUUAGUAGUCAGUCCAAUACAUCACCUUCUUCCAUAUUCGGUGGAGGUGCUACAUUUGGUCAGAAACCAGCUAACAACUUCUGGUCUGGAGGAAAUGCAAGUGGAGGUGGUUUUGGGUCAGGCUUUGGUCAACAAGCUACAACUCAGGCAGCAUCAAUAUUUGGUAGUGGCUCCGGGGGAAGCUUUAGCGCGCCUAGUACCGGACAGCCUUUCGGUAGUCCGCAACAAAACGCUAAUUUCGGUGAAAACAAACCUUCUGUCUUUGGGUCGCCACAACAGCAAUCAACACCAGCUUUCGGCGGUUCACCUGUCUUUGGAUCUAAACCUGUAUUUGGACAGUCGGCAACUUUCAGCUCUCCGCCUGGUGGUGGCGGAUUUGGUUCAUUCGGCGGAUUUAAUAAAAGUCCGGGUGGCGGGUUCGGCGCCCCCGCGACCUUUGGUGGUGGAGCAACUUUCGGCGGGUCAGCGUUCGGUGGGUCCUCGCCGGGUAAAGUGUUCGGUGGCUCCUCCCCUAGCCCUGGUUUCGGCUCGCCCACUCAAUCAAAUGCGACGUUUGAAAGCUUAGCAACUCAAAACACGCUUACAUUUGGCAAUCUAGCACAACAAUCCGGACAACAACCACAGCCGCAGCAACAACCUACGUUCAAUACAUCUCCCUCAUUCACCGGUUGGCGCGGCUGAUGACAAUAUUAUAAGGAGAGGGCUCUAAGAAUGAAACAGUAACAGUGAUAAUGUUUGUCUCAUAAACAUAAAAUAUUAUGAGUGAUCAAUGUGUUACAUAAUUUCAAAUAUUAAACACGUAUAAUGGCUUGUGUAUUUAUGAUAUAUUCAUGUAUCAAAAAUUGUCUUUUAAUAAAAUAAUGAAAAUGUUUCUCAUGUGAA